AUGAUGGAUGGUCUCCUAUUGAGUAGUGAUGGAGGAGAGGAUAUUACAAUCAUGAUCAACUAUUCCUCUUCUAAAUUCGCUGGCUCUCAAUACAGUAACUCUUUUCUUCCAAGUUUUGGAAGCGGUGUCCUCUGUGCCAAGGUUUCUAUGCUGUUGCAGAAUGUUCCACCACUUGUACUGAUUUGGUUCCUGAGAGAACACCGACCUGAAUGGGCAGACUAUGGUGUUGAUGCUUAUUCUGCUGCAUCCCUUAGAGCAACUCCAUCCCAAGUAACCAAGUCAUUCUUCCUCUCGCACAGACACUUGAACAUGAACAGUUUCUCGAAGUGGUUAGACUUGGACGUCAUGCUCAUUGCUUACUCACCCGGAGACAUGGGAAAAAGAAUAUAUGAUAUAUAG